ACUGUCUCCAUUGUGGCUGUACACGGUGUAUUUCAGCCGAUGUUAAUUAGAACCAAAAUGGCUGCUUAAGGUCCACAGUUGAAGUAAGCGCUGAACCCUCUCUGCAAUUGACGGUUUUAACGCCGAAUAGGAGCUUGAGAGGUUAUACUCAGUAUCCAAUCACAUUGCAGCACCCAGAAUCUUUGUACAGUACAGUAGAGAGCUGGUGUCCAGAUCAACAAGCCACUAUUUUGGAAGCUGUUUGACAAACAGUCACUCUUCUUCAGUUGAUGUCAGUCGCUAUCUGCGUUUCCAGCGAGACGUAUCGCGCGUUAAACCGUUGCAAAACUAACCAGCCACAGCUCUAAACCGAUAAGGUUGGAUGACAUCGUCGGCUGAACUUUAAAACAGCUAGCUCUUUUAUAUAUAUAUAAUUUUCACAAGGCAAGUGUCUACCAACUGUACAUGCUAACGUUCUUUUUUCACUGGCCGAAGCUUUUCCAAAUACAACCGAGAUAGCAAGAACUUUCCAUAUUUAAUUUGACAGCUUAACAUUGGCGCUAACGUUAGACAGCUUUUUUUUUCGCCAAAUAGAGCAAUUCGGGGAUUAUUUUUGUAUGUCACACAGCCUUUCGUUUUGUUUUUGUCAACAAGCCGUCUUUUCUCGAAGAGCCAACUAUAAAGCCGACGAUAUUUAGCUGACAUUUUGACUUAAAGGGGAACAAAGUAACCUUAGCUCCUGAAGAAGUGUUAUUAGUGUCAGCCCUUACUAGCCAGCUAACACCAUAUCCUUAAUUUAACAACCACAGAGGAAGUUUGGCUUUUCGAACUGACUGGUGCUGCAUUCAAGGCCUUUAACAGUGAAGGACCAACUCUGUAACGCGCUCUCUCUGGCUCUUUAAAAAUAAUAACUGACAGAACAGCGAGCUACCUAAGUGUGAAAAAGAAGCAGGACCCUGAAGCAGCCUGUGUACAGCCACGGAAUUCCUUUUCGGAUUGUUAAAUUAUCAGUGUUAUUGUUUAAAAUGGCGGCGAUCGGAAUGGUGCAGAUGUUGAUCGAAGCAGCCGAGUACCUUGAUCGCAGGGAACGAGAAGCUGAACAUGGCUAUGCCUCCAUGCCGCCAUUCAUCAGCAGCCGGGAGAGGGAAAGUUUGAAAAGGAAAAGCAAAAGCAAGAAAAACACAAGUAGCAGGUCUACACACAACGAAAUGGAAAAGAACAGACGGGCACAUCUACGACUGUGUUUGGAGCGCUUGAAAUCCCUCGUUCCCUUGGGACCAGAUGCUAACAGGCACACCACCCUCAGCCUGCUGAUGAAGGCCAAAGAUCACAUCAAGAGGUUGGAGGAGAGCGAGAGGAAAGCUCAGCACACUUUGGAGCAGCUACAACGGGAGCAGAGACACCUGAGGAGGCGUCUAGAGCAGCUGGGAGUGGAGAGGACCCGCAUGGACAGCACCGGCUCCACUCAGUCCUCUGAUAAGUCCGACUCUGACCAGGAGGACCUGGAUGUGGACGUGGAGGGGACGGACUACCUGCUGGGUGACUUGGAGUGGAGCACCAGCAGCGUGAGCGACUCAGGGGACGAGCGAGGCAGCCUGCGCAGCAGCUGUAGCGAUGAGGGCUACUCCAGCGCCAGCCUGCAGCACGUGCAGGACACUCAGGAGAAGGCUAAGCAGCUGGGCUGCAGCCUAUAAACAGCACUGGUCACUGACCCAGCACCCACCUCUUUCCCUCAGCCCCCUCACCACUCCUUGGUCCCGCUCCGACCUCACCUCCCCUUCCUGCCCUUCUUCCUCCCUCUUUACCAGGACUGACCAAGUCUGAGGCCCCUCCUCCAGCUGGGCCUCCGCGGACUUCCUGUCUGCACACCGACUUCCAUUCAGACUGCAACACCUCCAAGACAUCCAGCCCAUCAUCAGCGGUCAGUCUUUAGGAUGUCCCCCGCUCUGCUCCGCACCGAUAAUACGAGCGGGACGUCAAAGA